UAAAUGAGUGGUUCAAUACUAAUUAAUAAAUUUGAUGAUAAAAUACGUCUGCCGCAGGUACAUUUUACUAGUGUUUUACAAUGAUCCCAGAGCUCUCUGGAUCGCUUCAAUGGCACGCAGGAAGAUAGCUUCAAAAUCGACGAUUUGGAAGCCUGAUGGAUUUAGUAUUCGAGAGACCUCCCUCACAAAAAAAAAAGCAAAAAGAAGACAGAUCUCCCUCAGCAGCAAGGGUCCACUCAUGGAGACCGCGCUCUUCUCCGCCGCCUCCCUCUUCCACGGCGACGACGACAGCGACGACGGCCGAGAUGAGAUGGAGGUCGGCGCCGAGGGGAAGGAGGAGGCGUUGGAGUAUGUGGAGAGAGCGCACGAAUUCCCUGGCAUGAAACUGAGCGUAAGGGAAUUCUCAUCUCAUGAGGUUAACGCAAACUUGCUGUGGCCUGGGACAUUUUCAUUUGCUGCUUGGCUGGUUAAGAACCAGUCGAUUUUGGAUGGACAACGGGUCUUGGAAUUAGGAAGUGGGACGGGAGCUCUGGCAAUCUAUCUGAAUAAGUCAUUUGGGGUGGAUAUCACAACAUCUGAUUAUGAUGACAAGGACAUUGAAGAAAAUAUUGCUUACAACUGCAGAGCUAAUAAGUUGGAUGUGUUACCCCAUAUCAGACAUGUUAAACAGUAUGACAACCUGGUAAAGACAGUAUACUUUCUUUUAAAAGAAUACAAGAAGUCAAGUGAGAAGUCAGGCUGCAGCACCAUCACAGACAAAUCUGGAACACAAGUACCUGCAAAAUCUCCUAUGUUUCUGAUUAGCUGGCGCAGAAGAAUCGGCAAGGAUCAAUUGCUUUUCUUCACACGAUGCAAGAAUGCGGGCCUUGAAGUGCAUGAUUUGGGUGAUCUUGUGUACCUCGUCAGAAUGAAGAGCUGAAAAAAAUGAGGAAAUUACACUCUCCUAUAAGUUUGUUACGAUUUUGGUAGAAAGAUUGUGCUCGAUUUUCCCCUUGUUAGAAUUGUUCACUGGAAGGACGUCCCUUGGGCUGAGUCUUUUCGAUCUGUACUGCUGCUCUAUUUUUGGAACUUUGAGAUGGAGCACGCGGCAAGAUGUGCAGGGAGCUAUCCCAUGUAACUCAUGUCCUGGCGUGUUCUUGCCAGGAUGAGGAAAGAGUGCUGUGUGUUUGUGAAACAUAUAUGCAUUGUUACUGAUCUAUUGUGUAGGCGUGUAGCUGCCUUGUGAUUUCGGUCCUAGCCUUUU